AUGUACUCGACUCGUUUCGAGAAAUGGGGCCCUCAGUUCAACAAAAACAAAAGGGCAGGUGACGGCCCCGAAGCAACAUCAAGUAUCAAAAUACCUCGAACACGAGCCAGGCGCGAUGCAAAUCCCCAACAGAAGAAAUCAGACUUCCAAUUCUGUGACAUUCAACCACGUCUAGCUUCGAGUGUCCGCUUAUCUGAGGGACAUACGGAGCAACGCGCAGUUAUGAACUUUGCAGAAGUCUACGUGUAUGGUCUAUUCGAUACCUUUAGCUUCUCAUCAAACCUCUUCGACAUCAUUGUCCCUGCAGGAACUCCAGAUCACUCAAUGGAUUGGCAGCUGAUAGGUGAUGAGUGCUUUGGAGCUGUAACCCUACUCGCCGAAGGGAAUCAUCUCGAAAGCCGUCGAACAUUUUAUAUACUAUGUGAGAGGUUGCGGAUGAUUGUAGGGAGUAACGACUGGGCAAUGAUUAUCAAGCUCUGGCCAAUCUUCAUCCGACUUUACAACACAGGUUUACUACUUGGAGACUUUUCCUUGCUAGCGCGCUUUUUACACUUCUUCCAAAGACUAGCGUUAGGAGCGUACCCCCAAAACCACCCGAUUCCAAAUUUAUUAAACGUCUUGUGCCGAACUCCAGUCAAAGACUUUCUCAACAUUCUUCAAACUGGUUACCUACGAACAAUUCACUGUCUCGAAAAUCGUCUGGGUUUUGGAAAUGCUGUUGUACUUUCAACCUGGUCCAACUACAUGAAGAAAUGCAACCAUCAGGCGAUACCUGCUGAUGCCCUAACCUCGCGAUACCAUCAUGUUUUAGAGGAGGCCGAAAGCUCGUUUACACCAACCGCCACCCGGACAAUUGAGAUUCUACACGGGUAUCUUUAUGCCGCAUACUACAACAAUAACGACUCAGCUUUGACAUGGGAUCUUUCGCUGAAAAUGGUGAAUCUAGCUGAUUCUCCUGAGCUUAUGGGCUACCGACCAGAGUGGUGCUUGGCUACACAAGGCUACGCCAUGGCUGCCAAGCUUUUGUAUGAUCUGUCAGAAGAUAUGGGUCAAGGAGAGGCGGGAACCACGAUACUCAGAUCUGCCAUUGCUAGGCUCCAACAAGGCGAUAGGGUAUGUCGGACUAGGGCGCUCAUGUUGAACAGCAUGCUGGGCAAGAGUCAAAGCUGA